AUGCCAGGUCAUUUGCAUGUGGCGACAAUGGUCAGGAUUGAACAUGAGGCAAGGGAAUUCUUGGAAAUUGAAUACCCCAAGCUUCGGGACAGACAAUACAAAGACCACGACUUCUCGGAGCUUGAGGCAGAACAUGGAAUGGAGAGUAAGCCUUAUCAACCAUACAGCCCGAUAGAACGAGAGCCGCCACUAUGGUAUGACGUAGUUUCUCCCCAGUGA